GACCUUGAAGUGUUUUUAAAUUUAUCCAUGUCUAGUUGGUUUACUAACAAAUUGACCGAGUGUUCGGGGCCAUAUUUAUCGACAGAAGACUUACUCAAGCUGCGUGGCGAAUGUAGUUCUGCUUUUGAGCGGAAUUAUGGUUUGAAGCUUUGGAAGAAUGGACUUCCAAGUGAAUUAGGUUCACUGAAUCGUACUACACGAGAAUGGUUAUCUAUGGCACUGAAAUCAAAAUCUGGGCAAGACUACAUGUGUGCGAUGGCCUACUUAGUGAACUCUUAUCCACUGUACGCCAUUCGAUUUCUUGAUAAUUUACUAUCGUUUGUCUCGCCAUCGAAAAAGCGAGAUUGCUUCAAAUCUCUGGAUAUACUAAGCCACCUCUUUUGUAGCUUGAUACCGAAAAACCGUUCUUUGAUUUCUGUCGCAAACCGACCUUCACACGUGCUAGAAAAACUAGAUACUCCCUCUUCGAAGGAAAAUGUCCUUUGCUUGUGGCAUUUUGAAGAUGAACUGAAGGCGGUGUAUUUGCGGUUCAUCAAAGCUUCGGAGAAACUUUUGUUAAGUGACUGUGUAGAUAAUUUCAAACGAAAAGCGUUAGGGAUUCUUGGUAGCCUUGUCCAAAAACAAGAGAAUCAAACGUUAAUAUUAAACAUAAUAAUUAAUAAACUCGGUGAUCGUAGUAAGGAGUUUGCAUCUGCAGUGAUACAUAAGUUACGUCUAAUUGCUGGAAUUUCCAGUGAUUUUCUGCAUUUAGUUGUUCAAGAAGUUCGAUCUUUCUUGUUCCGUCCUAAUUUGUUGGAAAGAUCAAAAUACUACGCUAUUUCACUUCUAAGUUGUUUGGAGCUGAAGAGUUCGUCCCGUGGAAGCGGUACCGAUGCAAAUAUAUCGUCUGUGGCAUCAACAUUGAUCAAGAUAUACAUGUCGUUUUUCCGUUCAUUAGCCAAUUCCAAAGAAAUCCCCGAACGACUUACCACUAUAUUACUUAGCGGUUUAUGUCGAGUAGCUCCUUUUAUUUCUGAGGAGGCAUUUACAUCUAUGUUAAGUGAGGUUGAUGAUCUGUUUCGGCUUGUUCAUACCACUGGCUUCACUGUGUCUGUCCAAGCUUUGUCUGUACUUUUUCAAAUUUCGACUCAUUGUGUCGCCAUACGUGAUCGUUAUUAUCAGGCUUUAUAUAGAAAAUUACUGGAUCCUGCUAUUCAUCAAAGUUCUAAAAAUCCAAUUCUACUACGUUUAAUCUAUCAAAGUAUGGUUGGUGAUGAUGAUACUGAUCGAAUUGUUGCAUUUAUUCACAGAAUCUUGCAAUUAUGUAUUUCGCAUACAGAUCCUGGUUUUAUUGUUGGUUGCUUGAUUUUAAUUAAUAAGGUCUCAUUAUCCAAACCAAAUGUUAUAAUGGUUUCUCAAAUAAAUAAAGAACAUUUACCAGUUAAUGAAGUGACGAGUUUGGCAAAAUUCGAACAGUCCGAUGAUGAUGAUGAGGAUGAGCAUUUCAGUGAUGCACAUUGUUCUGAUGAUGAUAAUCAUAAUGAUGAAAGUGUACAGAAUGGUGUAAUGACCAACAAAACGACCGAAUCAGAAAAAUCUACAGUCAUAACUGAUAAGAGUAAUGUAUUAUUAACAUCAUCAUGGUAUCAUCGUUCUUUAAAAAAGCAACGGAACACCCGAAACAUAUUUAAUUAUGGUUAUAAUCCAACUGUACGAGAUCCAAAAUUUGCACAGGCUACUGGAUGUUUACUUUGGUCACUUAGUCUCCUGUCAAAACAUAUUCAUCCUACAAUUAAUUUAUUUGCCAAUUCAUUAUUAAAUAAUUUACCAAUACAAUACACUGGAGAUCCAUUUACGGAUUUUGGAUUAAUGCAUUUUCUGGAUCGAUUCGCGUAUAAGAAACCAAAGUUGAAUAAAUUAAAAGAAACAAAGUCAACUAUUAAAGAACCUAUUCAGAAAACUGUGCCUGGAAAGUUAUUAAAACGAAAAGAAGGUGCUUUGUCAGGUCCACAAGCAAUGGCUGUUGAUAGUUCGGCAUUCCGACAACUUCCAGUAACUAGUGUUCCUGUUCAUGAACGAUUUUUCCAUAAUUAUUUCAAAUUUCUGGAGACCCAACCAGGUCGCAUUAAAAAAACUGAAAAGAAACCAAAAGAUAAUGAUGAAAAUGGAAGUGACAGUGAUUCAGUUGCUGAUUCUGAAUUCGAUGUUUACCUUGCAAAACAUGAAAAAGAUUUGUUUCCUCCGAAUGAAGAAUGGGAAAAUGAUGCUGAACCGGAAUUUAGUGAUCAAGACUUCAUGGAUAAUUCAGCAGAUGAAGAUGAUACAAAUGAAUAUGACUUUACAGAAAUGGAUAAUAUCAAUUUGUCAGCUAAUUCAAAGUCUAAGAAAACGAAAAAACCAACUGAAUCGAAAUGCAAGUAUCACAAAUUUAAAGAUGACGAUGAAGGAGCGGUUAAUGAUGAUGAUGAUGAAAAUUCUGAAGACGAUAGUGAUGAUGAAGACGACGAUGAUGACUAUAUUCCUGAUAAACCAGGUCAAUUCAAUUUAAAUAAUUUAUUCGCAAGUGCUGAAGAAGUUGGUCAUUUAUAUGAUGUACAAGAAACUGCAAAAGAAAAACGACAACGGUUUUGGGAACAAAAACGUUUAUAUUCACAGAGUAGUAAUAGUAAUCAUAAACGACGACAAUAUCGUGAAAAAGGAGUUUCGAAAAAAAGGAGACUAGAAAAUCGUGAUCAUCAUCAAUCGUCUAGUCGAGGAAAAAUGAAACUUAAGAGUCAAAAUAACUCAAAACGACCACGUCGUCAUUCAUAA